GCUACGUGGUUCGUUGCAGAGAGCCUCCACUGUACAUGAAGUUGCGAAUCAGCUGUUUUCACUUUUUUGAGAUUUGUUUUUCUUUGGGAAAAAAGAUGUUUUUUGGGCUCUAGGCGCCCCAAAAGUGUCCAAAAGUGUUGAGAAAGCAUGCCCAAUACGAAAAUGUACACGGAAUGGGCAUCACUGUCGCCCGUGAUUGCUUCCAAUAGCUGCAGUGCCCAGAAUUGUGUUCUCAACAAAUUCCAGGGGAAUGCGGGAAAGGACGUCGCGGUGGCUGUUGUGAAGCAGCUGGCCAGCAAUCUGGGUAUCUCACAGCCAGCUGAACCGAGUAAUCUCAUUACGGAUCAAGAGGUCCUCUGGUGCAUGGAUGUCAUCUGCUACGGGCUGUCCUUGCCCCUGAAUGAGCAUGAAACCAUCAAGGAUUGUGUUAAUGUGUACUGUGAGUGGAUGACGGCACUCAACCCGGUGCCACGUAUUAGUGUUCCCAAGCCAAUUGUUGAGGAUCCCAACACCUACGCCCGGAAGAUCAUCAAUCACUUCCAUAAUCUCUUUGUCCCCCGACCGGGAGAAGACUGGGCUUUCCUCUAUCAGGAACAUUUAGGUGCUGAUACGAUAAAUCGUCAGGCUGUUCUGUGUCAUCGUGUCCUGAGGACUCUUCAGAAUGCAGCAGUUUCCCAAAUCCUCACGCGAGAAACUUGGGAAUCCCUCCUGCUCUUCCUCCUUGCAAUCAAUGAGGUCCUCCUGGCUCCACCAACCAUCAAGGAUGACGUUGGGGAUCAGCUGUGUGAACGUGUUCUCAGUGUUUUGUUCGAAGUGUGGCUCCUUGCAUGCGUCCGGAGCUACCCAUCGCCGUCACUGUGGAAGACACUCCAGGAAUCCUGCCAGAUGUGGCGCCACAGAAUUGCCCUUGUUGAGCAAUGGAAUCGCGUCAAUCUCGCCCUCACUGCCAGGCUCAUUGACUUCACCUACGGAUCAGCAUUUCCGGAAUUCAAGAUCUUGGACGAAGAUGCUCAACUUAUUCCAUCGGGAAUGUCCAAUGAUUGCAUUGCCCAGACGUGGUAUCGCUUCCUGCGUGUAAUUGGCAAUCCAACAGCUCUCUGCCAACCGCAGACAAUCAGCAACACGCCGCGUUUUAUGCAGCACGUCCUCACAAUGUCGGAAUCCAUUGAACCACAUCAGCAUCCUUGCCUGCUCAUCCUCCCGCAAAUCUUCCUCAAAGCCAUCAAGGGGAUCUCCAGCCUCGUUGAUGCCUUCCUCGGGAUUUUGCAAAAUGCCACGGGAGAGGAUUCAGCAAAUGCUCCGGGAACUUCUGGCACAGACACAGCAUCCAAUGCACCAUCUUCUGGCGCCCCAUCGCGUCUCUCAGGUGGCGAUUUAAGAUUCUCAAUGGUUACGGGACGUGUAGAUGUAGCGUCUGUGGCUGGUGGUGUAUCCUCCUCCUCAGUCACCGCGACUUCCUCUUCCUCAAUGGCGUUUCCGGCACCCGCAGAAGUGCCGCAUUCGCCAACGCCGCCGCUACAGAGGCGCCUGGCCAAGUCUUUCAGUGUAGCGCCCUCCAGUGGUCUGCCAAAGGGUAUUACAAAAGGAUCAUUAAUUGGAUUGACCAGCAGCAGAAUUUCCAGCAGCCAACCGGCCGCCAGUCCCAUUUCCACUCAACCACCCACAUCAAUUUUCACAUCUAUGCUGUCCCUGACCCACGAAAAUCGCGCUGUUAUGGCAUCUGCACGACCCAAAUGCAAUAGUAUUCUCCAUUUGUUCGGUGAGUGGCUCUUCGAUGCUGCUCACAUCGGUACGGAGGCAUGGAUUCAAAAUUGCAAGAAGCAAGCCUCUGAGGCAUCCCGUCGUCCUUCGUCGAUGAUCAUGGACAGCAGAAAGGGGAGUUUGUCGCUUUCGCAGCCGACAUCACUCAAUGAUAACGUGGAGAUGCCACCGGGAUUGAUGAUUGAUAAAUUCGAAUCAGGACGUGCUGAGGCCAUUGGGGCGCUUUGUAGGAUUUUCUGUGCUAAGAAGACUGGCGAAGAAAUCCUCCCGGUCUACUUGGCACGCUUCUAUAUGGCCCUGCAGCAGGGUCUUCGCAUAUGCGAGACGAAGGAGUGCGAGGAGACAUUGGCGAGUAUUUUGUACAAUUCAUCAGAUCUCUUCAGACUCGAUCUCGAUGGGAUUCAGGUACUCCUGCCGUCCUUUAUUGCUGCCCUUGAGCUUGUCCUGCCGGAGAAGGAGCUCAAAAUGAAGAAUCAAACUGUCGUGAUUAAUCGUACUGAACUGAGAAGGGCUGCAAUUCAUAUUUUAAUUUCAAUCAUUGCGCUUCCGUUGCAUUUUCAAACUCUACCCAUUCGGGAUAUUACUGGAGGACCCAUGGACAAGAUGAUAACUUUUGCCCAAUUGAAACCACGUUUGAUCAACAUUCUCAUGAAUGCCCUUCAAGUGGAGACCGAUCCUCAAAACACUCACAUGCUCCUUGGAGGAUUAUUGCUCAGUGUUCAAGAUUCUGUGACAUUUGAGGAGACAGAACAUACCGGAGAAAUGGUUCAACUUUCCCCACCUGCAAGUGAUAUGAAUCUCCUUAGUUCAGCUUGUUCCGAAAAAAGUGCUUGUUCAAUUGCUAGCGCUAGUUCGAGUUUGGGUGGAAACAGUACGGCCACAAUGGGAAAUGAGUUUCCCAGUUUGAGUAUUUCGGACGAUUUUCCAGCUGAAUUCCUGCAAGAUCUCGAAAUGUCGUCAGUCUAUGACAGUGCUCAUGCUCUUUUCGUCCGAGCUACGUAUUUGGUGUGUCAUCAAUUGAUAUCUUCAUGGAAAACUGACUUGAAUGUCUCCUUGGCUGCUCUGGAACUGCUUUCGGGUUUAGCGAGAAUGCACAUUAAGGAUUCAGCUAAAAAAUUUAGUGAUGCUCUGGAGUGCAAACGUGCUGUAAAGUGGAUUUGUGACUACAUAUGCUACCAGUGCUCCCGUCCAACACCUUCGCAUACAAAAGAUCUCCACAGCACAAUUGUUGCUGCCUUUCAGUGCAUUUCGGCGUGGUUGAUGCAACAUCCGUAUCUUCUGCGUGACAAGGAUUGCCUAACAACUGUCCUGGAGGUUGUGGAGUUGGGCAUUUCGGGGACAAAGAGUGUUGGUAAACCGGGAGAGCCGAUUAAAUUGAAGGAUGAGAAGGAAUUGAAACCCGUCUCAAUGCGUGUUCGUGAUGCAGCUGAAUGCCUUCUCACGGUUAUUCUCGAGCAAGUGGGCUACUUCCCGAGUGAAUGUGGUGCUCAAUCGCUGUCGUCACUCCUCGAUGAGGAGACCCUGAUGAAGUAUUGCAAUUCCUACCCGAAUUCCGGGCCAAUGAAUCACGAGGCAGCUGUGCAGAAAUUCCGAUACUUUGUCACGGAGAAUUCAACAAUUUUGGCCCUACUGGAGGAGCCACUGGGGAAUGAUCAAGAUCCCCAACCAACCAUUACAUUGAUUAUCCGGGGACCUUUUGGGAGACACACGUGGACAAUGCAGCUGAGGCAUUUACCACGAAGUAAAUCAGGAACAAAAUACCAUCAUGCCCCCAAUCCGGGACGUCCUGUACCGAUGAAUGAUACCCCAAUGAGGCAGGAAGUUGAGCAGAAAUACUUCCCAGAUGGUGUAGAGAAGAUCCCUCCGUGCGUUGCAGACUACUCCAUUCCCACACUCGAUGAAAUUAUCCAGAAAAUUGGGGAUGAAUCAACAAAGUGUUUGUUCCAACUAUUGGAAAAUCAAAUGGUUUACGAGAAGAUUGCCUGGGCAGAGACGGAUAACUCGCUGGAUAGUUUGGGGCAUGCACAGGAGGCAAUACCACCACCGGUGUGUCAUGAAUUUCAAGCAGCAAGGCUCUUUCUAUCGCAUUUUGGCUUCCUUUCCAUUGGGGAGAAUGCCAAGAAGGAGUCCGGAGCACCCCUUUUGUCCGUUUUGGAUGCAAAGAAGAUGGGUUUUGCGGCGGAAAUUCAAAAUCUCGAUCGUGUUAGCUCACGCACGUACGAUACGGUUUAUGUGUUCUAUGUACGAGCAGGGCAGACGACACCCAUUGAAAUUGUUGAUAAUAUGUGCGGGGAGAAUGUUCAGGUGCUCGAUCCGCAUUUCUGGAGUAUGCUCCUGAGUCUUGGAUGGCGUGUUAAUGUCGAUGAGCAUGCUGGAUGGACGGGUUUCACGAGCACGAGUUGGCAGAUAAACCAACCACCCCAAACAACGACUGAUGGGGACUUCUCCACUCAAGCAUCCGGAAGUGAUGAGAUGAACUUCAAUGGAGACAAGAAGGUCCUCUAUUGGGCUGAUGUGAACGGUGAGAUUGCUUUUGUUGCACCAAAUCACACAAAUAGAUUCGAUAUGGAUGGUGCAAGUGAUGGUGGAUCCAUGCCAACUUCCUCUGCCAUUGAUGGGGGUCAAUUUGUCUAUGAGAGGAGUGUGAGUGAGUGCCCACCCCUGGAAGUGGCUGCUGCAGCCAGCAUUACAAAACCCAUGCCACUGGGUCAGAAGCCACGUACCCUGUCGCUUGAUAUCGAUCGCAAUCACCAGCGUGUUGAACCCGUAGCACCAACACGGCGACGUGGUGGGGCCUCGAAAACCUCCUCAGCUGGUCAGGCAAGCAGCAAAAUCUUCCUUGUUUGGCUGGAAAGCUUUGAGGAUCAUCUCACAUUCCCCAUGGAGGAUUUACUGCCGUACUGUCGAUCCGGGGAGGAAUAUCUCCAGCAAACAGCCACACGCGCAGCUGAUUGUCACAUAAUCUACCUCCAGGCACUCUCAUCGGGGCUGCUGAGGGUUAAACUUCAAGGCCCCGCGGGGAGGAUGAACUUUGCAACGCCACUCGUUGACGGGAUGGUGGUAAGUCGGCGAGUUGUGGGGAAUCUCGUGCGUCAGACUGCCUACAACAUGGCCAGGAGGCGAAGACUCGACAAUGACGGGUACCAACCACCGCAUGUCCGUCGAAGGCUCAAAGUGCAGGAGAUCGUGCAGAAAUACAAAGUGGAUCUCAGUGAACCCGAAUUGCUGGCGUAUCUCUUUAAAUCCUAACACGUGUUUUACCCGAAGUAAUUCUGCGAGAAAGUUAAACUUCCACAAGGAGGAGGAAUCAAGAACAAUCACAUAGAGAGAUAAAUAAUAUUUUAAAAUUUAUUUUUCGUUUAUUUCCAUUGCUCGAUAAUUGAUAGAUUUUUAUUUCUUAAGAAAUUGAAAUUAAAAGGAGGUUAUUCAUGUAUAUAUGGGUGUUGCACUGGUUCGAGGGAACGACUUUGAUCCGAAUUUUCUUUUAGGGAAAGAAAAGGUGAAAAUCACUAAUCAUACAGACUUAAGAUUUCGUAAGUAAGACUUGGAUUUUCUUAAGAUUUCUUAAAUUUUCUAAAUAGGAACUUAUGAUGUUACCUCCCAGGCUUAAUUAGUAAAAAUUCAUAUUUUUUUCGCCAAUUUUUUUCGGACAUCGAAAUUUGUAAAAAUCAUCGAAAAAUAUGCAUUUCACCUGAUUCAGUCUGUUUUAAGAAAUCCCAUAUUUCACUUAAGAAAACUGAAGAAUUAUUAAGAAAACUUAAGUCUUUCUUGAGAAAUCUUAAGUCUGUCUGAGUAGUGAAUUUCAUCAAAAGAAUCAUGAGAAUUAUAGCCUAAUUUGACAAAGAUUUCAAUGAAAAUGAAAGAAAUACGCGGUCAUUGCCCUUUUCACCACCUUAAAUGUUUCAAAACAUUCGUGCUAAUGUUGCGCAGCGAGAAAUUCAUUGAUGAAACAUUGUCGGGAAUGCUUUGAAACAUUUAAAGGGACAAAAUGGGCAAUGAUGGCGCAUAUUUUUUGUUUUUGGGUCUUUGCUGACUUUUAAUUUAAUCCCAGCAAAAAAAAAGAUUUUCUUGUUAAUUUGUUUAUUAUUCUUUGUUUCUCUAAAAGAUAAUGCGAGUUAGAAUUAUUUCUUCGUAUCAGGACAACCUCCCAUAUAUGCUUGAAUAGCUUCUUUUGGGGUAGAUUCUGUUAAAAAUCUUUUUUUUUCGUACAAUUCGUCAAUUAUUAGAUUUUUUGUGAUCUAUUAAAAAUCUUAUGAUAUUUUUCGGUUUGUUUUUUAAUCAUGAUUUUAAGGGGCGUCUCUUGGGAAAACUGUUAGAAUUUAUCCAUUUUUAAUGUUGUCAUUUUCUUGGGGUUUUUCUUAAACCUGGUUUUCAGAUGUUGGUUACAUUUGAUGCCUAAUUAUUGAAGUGUAAGAAAAUCACUUUUCGCCAUCUUAAGUGCGACGCCAUCUUGUGAUUUUCCGACUUUUCCACAGAACUGCUCUAAAACACAAAGGUAGGUUUUCCUCAGGAUCUACUGGAUGGAUUUUGAUGGGGUAAAAAGCAAAUGAAAGAGGAAAUACUAAUGCAGAUUUUGAUGUACCAGAAUUUUGAAAUUCCGUUCUGGGACUGAGAAAAGUGAAAAAAUGUGACUUUUGUUCAGAUUUUUUUUACGUUUUCCACUUUUCUCAGCCCCAGGAUGGAAAUUCAAAAUUCUGGUACAUCAAAAUCUGCACGGGUAUGUCCUCUUUCAUUUGCUUUUUACCCCAUCAAAAUUCAUCCAGUAGAUCCUGAGAAAAACCUACCUUUGUGUUUUGAAGAAAAUCUCAAGAUGGCGUCGCAUCUAAGAUGGCGGAAAAAGAUUUUCUUAUUCUUCAAUAAUAAGUCUUCAAAUGUGACCAACAUUUGAAAAUCAAGUUUAAGAAAAACCUUAAGAAAAAUAAAAACAUUGAAUUUCAUCAGCUCUCAAAAGAGACCCCCCUUAAAAAAUGAUUUUUAGGGCCCCCUAAAGGUCCUUCUAACUGUUUCAUUAAAAAAAUUAAUACUUUGUUUUCCUCUUUAUUUAACGAUAAAUAGUCUUAUUUAAAACAUCAAAAUGUUAAAAUCUUUCGUGAAACAUUUUAUUUUCCCAAAUUUUAAUAAAAAAAAUUAUUAUUUUUUCAAAGUUUGAAAUGCAUUAAAUUCACUCAGAAGAGACGAAAAGUGACGUUUUUACUGAGAAAUAUUCUCUAAGAGUAUCCAUAAAAUAAAUAUUUCAAUAUUUUCAUGAUUCAUGCAGACGCAAAAGGGUUAAAAAAAACUUUUAAUUUAUAAGAAGAGAAAUAAAAGAAAAGAUUUUUAACAGAAUCAUCCCGUUUGUCUAGUUUAGAGUUAAAUUCUUUAAAAGAUUUAUUAAUGUUUCUAAAGUAUUCUUGAAAAAAUGAUUUUACUUUAAAUUUUAUAAAGAGAUGGGAGAAUAAUAUUUUUUAUGUAAAGAGCUUUACCGGAUUUGUUCUAGAAAUUCCAUAAAGAGUGUGAAGAUUGUUGUGUGGCCUAGAUUGUUCCUUAAACCGCAUUAAACCAUCCUUUUACUCUAUUUAUGCCAAAUAAUUGCUAAAUCUGUUUGGAAAUGUGGAAAAACCUAAUUUUUCUUAUAAUUUCCGCUUUUUUAUAUUUUUUUUCGUUAUUUUUUUUUAAUUACCAUUUGAUCAUCUUUAGAAAUAAAAUGUUUUUUUUCUGCUGCACAUUCCGUAGGGAAUUUCUGGAAGAAAAUGUAUAAAGCCCUUUGUCAAAAAAAUUUUUUUUUGUUUAAAAUAAAUCGUUCUAAGAAUAUAAAACAUUCUCAAGGUUCUUAAGUAUAUUGGAUUAAGAAGAAUUAAAAGAAUAAUGAAAUCGAAUAGUUUAAAGUUGUUCCAUUUUAAUGAUCUUUUAAAUGCAAAAAGCAAUACUUUUUAUUGCACAAGAUUAAACUAUUGAAAAAUUCUAACAUAAUUUUCGGAACAACUUUGUAAUCUUUAGUCACAAAAUGUAUUUAAGAAAAUAAAAAAAACUGAGAAGAAUAUCAAAUCGAUCUCUUAAAUGGCAAUUCUUAAAAGAAGAAAGAAAGAAAAAACAUUCAUAGUAUUCAUUCAGUGUGCAGAGAUGUUUACAGCGCCGGAGGUGAAAAGGCAAAGAUGAAUUCUUUACGUGUUUGCAAGUGAGAUGAUCCGCAAGAAAAAAAGGGGGAGAGACCCAUAAAAAGGCAUUAGGAUGUGAAGAAGUUCUAAAAACUUUUAAAUGUCUUUUCGUUUCUCUCUGACACAAUUCAUCUCGCGCAAUGGUUUGAGCUUUUUCAUCUUCGACGGUGUAUUUUAUUAAAUUUUAGACCAAGUAUUAUGAAUAUUAUUUAUAAAUCCAAGAAAUGGGAAACCAAUAAAAUAUUUAAUCAACAUAAA